ACACGGGGGCUUAGACAGGCUGGCAGAGGGGCAAAUGGAUGGACAGCUGGGGAAGGAGACGGAGUAACAGCUAGGGCAAAAAACAGUGAGAAGAUACGUCUAAAAACGGUAAAACUGUACUUAAAUUGAAUGGAUUUCAACUUCUUUUGAGGGAAGAAUGGUAGGAAAAGUCAAGACUGCUGAACACAGAGCUGUUUGAGUGUUGAAUUCAAGAAGACAAGAGCUAGAAAAUCCUCCACCUUGUGCUUCUGAUACUUCACUCGCCGCCCCCGGAGGCGAUGAACUUUGCUCCUGGCUUCAAGUUCCCAUCGGCAGGCAGUUCUGGGCCCGGUGCCGGCAGCGGAGCCACCAUGGAGAACCUGGAGAAGCAGCUGAUCUGCCCCGUCUGCCUGGAGAUGUUCUCCAAACCUGUGGUCAUCCUGCCCUGCCAGCACAACCUCUGCCGCAAGUGUGCCAACGACAUCUUCCAGUCAGCGAACCCUCUGUGGCAGUCCCGCGGCUCCUCCGGCCUUGUUGCCAGCGGCGGCCGAUUCCGCUGUCCGUCGUGCCGCCACGAGGUGGUGCUGGACCGGCACGGGGUCUACGGCCUGCAGAGAAACCUGCUGGUGGAGAACAUCAUUGACAUCUACAGACAGCAGGAGUCCUCCAGGCUUGUGAACAUUAAGCCGGAGCAGCAGCAGCAGCUGCAGCAGCUGCUGAUGUGCGAGGAGCACGAGGAGGAGAAGAUCAACAUCUACUGCCUGUCGUGUCAGACGCCGACCUGCUCCAUGUGCAAAGUGUUCGGGCGACACAAAGACUGCGACGUGGCCCCGCUCGGCAGCGUCUACGCGAGGCAGAAGACGGAGCUGAGCGACGGGAUCGCCAUCUUGGUCGCCAGUAACGACCACGUCCAGGCAGUCAUCUCUCAGAUGGAAGAAAUGUGCCGCACCGUAGAGGAGAACGGCCUGCGACAGAGAGAGCAGCUGGUCAACCAUUUCGACGGUCUGGUGGCCAUCUUGGAGGAGCGGAAGCAGGAGCUGGUGGGUCUGAUUUCCAGACAGCAGGACGACAAGCUGAGGCGCGUUCGAGCGCUCAUUCGCCAGCACGGCGAUCACCUGGAGGCCGCGGUCACGCUGGUCGAGUCGGCCAUACAGUCCAUGGAGGAGCCGCACAUGCCUUUGUUUAUACAGAGCGCCAAAGUCAUACUGGAGAAAAUGGCGGCGAUGGCGCGGGCCUCUGACCUGGAGCGUCCGGAGCUGGGUUACGAGAGCAUGAGCCACUUCGGGGUCGAUACCGACGACCUCGCCGACAUGUUGAGGAACAUCGACUUCUGCUCUGCUGUGGGAGAUGAUGAAGAAGAGGAUCCUGAAGAAGUGGGAGAAGAUCCAGAUCUUGACUUUGGCUGCAGAUAUUAAGACCAAAACAGAGUCUGGACUCAGCAGCAGCAGCAGCAGCAGCAGCUCGCUGUGAAUCGCACAGAGGGGAUGUGUGAAAUCAUCUCCAACAAGGCCACUUACGUAAAGCGAUCUGCAGAGACGGAAGGAUUCCCCUCAUCCGCUCAGGAAGGGGACAGCAUCAGCGUAUUCGUGCUGACUCAGCAGCAGCAUCCUCCUCCUCCUCCUCCUCCUCCGCGCCGCUUUCGUGUGGAGCGAAGGGACAUCGGGCCGAGCAGUUGGACGGUCACUGGUGGUUGUUUUUCACACGUGGGAUGACGACAGCGGUCUCACGAUAUUUAGUCUUUUGUUCUUUACUCGAGGCCCCCUGAUGCAGUCCUGGGGAAACGUAAAACAGAGGCGGAAAUGGAGGUUUACCAUAACCCCCCCCGCAAGAAAUCCACACAGCGCUCAAGAGGGAACUGAGCCAUGGACGGACGCGAAACAACAACAAAGACUAGCUGAAAAGAAAACCCCUAAAUGGUCAGAAAUCAAACAUUCGUAUACAUUAUCCAUCGGUGUUUCCCACCGCAGCCGCCCAGAUGCAGGAAGACUGACUUGGCCCCGUUUUCGCCUCCCACAUUGUUGCCUUUUGUUCAGUACGAAAAAAGCCAGAGCAUUGUGUGUAAAUAUAUCUCCCUAUGAUAAGCUGGCAGGAAAUGUGUAGUGGAUUUAACACUGCACUCUGCGUGGUGGGAGGAUCUUCGGGAUUUAAGGCCCUUCCGUAGCUUUUCUAAAGGCUUCUGUCUAGAGUACAGUUUUAUAACUCAUUUAAGAUGUUAUGUAAAUGGGGG